AUGCACCCCGUCAACGCCCGCAAAGCCCGUCAGUCCGGUGCCAGCGCUGAGACCAGCUCAGAGUUCUAUCGAGCGCUCUACGUGGUGGAUGCCCUGGGCUGGCUUUACUUCCUCGAACCCGCAUGUCCGCCGGUGCCCCCUAAGAACGCAGACCCUGCCCCCCGCCAAAGCCUCCCCACCAAGAAGCCCGGCACCGCAGUCAGUACCAGUCUUGUGGAGCUUCCUGGCCUGUGGCUGUGA